AGCACAAUGCAUCCUCCUAAAUUCCUUUAGAAACUUCGACUAAACCGUUCCGGCAAGAUUAGGAAUAAAAAACAUUCACUUCCUUUUACAAUGUAACUUGAUAUAUCUUCUGGCCUUGAGGGAUCAUUAACUCAAGUUUUUUUGUGGUUGGUCCAAGAUUACAGAAGACUUGAAUCCUUAUCAGUUAUUGGCACUGACCGGAGCUACUUGGUUUCGUCCUACUGUUGGCAAAAGCUUCAGAGGAAUUUCCAGCAAAACAUCACUUCUGACCGGCGUGACACCGGGUAUAUAUCUGUUUUAGGGUCUCUCAAAGUGCACUUUCCCAAUCAUGCCGGGCGGCGGAGGACCAGUUGCGACGUUCUCAGUCUGGGACUAUGUGGUGUUCGCCGGCUUGAUUCUUUUUGCAGCCGGCAUCGGCUUGUUCCAAGCCAUCCGUGGACGCAAGGAGGCCAGCAGCGAAGAGUUUCUACUGGGUGGCCGGCAGAUGACCGCGGUGCCUGUGGCUUUGUCCCUAACGGCUAGUUUUAUGUCAGGGAUCACUGUUAUUGGCACUCCUGCAGAGGCGUACAUGUUCGGCACACCGUUCUGGCUCUUUAUGUUCUCUUACACCAUCAUGUCCACCAUCAGUGCUGAAAUCUUCGUGCCUCUGUUUUACCGCCUGGGCAUCACCAGCACAUAUGAGUACUUGGAAAUGCGUUUCAACAAGCUCAUACGAGUGAUUGGAACCAGCAUGUAUAUUGCUCAAACCGCUUUAUACACAGGCAUGGUUAUCUAUGCCCCUGCACUUGCCCUUAAUCAAAUCACAGGUCUGGAUCUGUGGGGAGUGCUUGUGGCAACAGGGGCCGUCUGCAUCAUCUACUGCACCCUGGGAGGGCUGAAGGCAGUGAUAUGGACAGAUGUGUUCCAGAUGAUCAUCAUGUUGGGUGGGUUUGUGGCGGUCAUCGCUCGAGGGGCUGUGCUGCAGGGCGGACUCGGGAGGAUCUGGAACGACAGCUACUAUGGAGGACGUUUGGAAACAUUCAGUUUUGAUCCCGAUCCUUUGAGGCGUCAUAGUUUCUGGACAAUCGUUGUUGGCGGCAGUCUGAUGUGGGCGUCCAUGUACUCAAUCAACCAAUCACAGGUGCAGCGCUACAUUUCCUGUCGGACAAUAACUCAUGCCAAGCUAUCUCUGUAUCUGAAUAUGGUGGGCUUAUGGGUCACAGUGAGUUUGGCCAUGCUCUCUGGUCUCACCAUGUACUCUAUCUAUAAAGACUGUGAUCCUUUCACCAAUAAAGAUGUAGGAGCUUCAGACCAGCUCCUCCCUUAUCUGGUAAUGGACAUACUAGCAGAUUUCCCAGGACUGCCAGGCUUGUUUGUGGCUGCAGCUUACAGUGGAACAUUAAGUACGGUGUCAUCGAGUAUCAACGCUCUGGUGGCUGUCACAGUGUCAGACUUUAUGAAACCAGCAUGGCCCUGGCUGACAGAGAGACAGCUGUCCUGGAUCAACAUGGGCAUGAGUGUAUUCUUUGGAGCUGUAUGCAUUGGAAUGGCUGGUGUUGCCUCCAUGAUGGGCAAUAUACUGCAGGCAGCUCUGUCCAUAUUUGGUAUGAUCAGUGGGCCUCUCUUGGGCCUUUAUACCCUCGGCAUCUUCUUCCGCUGUGCGAACUCCACUGGAGGCUUAGUUGGUUUGAUUUCCGGCCUGGUCAUAACGUUAUGGGUGGGAAUUGGAGCUCAGUUGUAUCCUCCUUUACCUGAGAAGACCCUCCGCCUUCCUUUGAGUGUGGAAGGAUGCAUUGCACAGAUUGUGAAUGAAACCACCACUAUGACACCAUUCAGCACAGUCCUACAAACCACAACUCCACAGCCAAGACCAGCUUUGGCAGACAACUGGUAUUCUCUGUCCUACCUGUACUUCUGUCCUGUGGGCAUUCUGGUGACCAUGAUCACAGGACUAGUAGUUAGUGCAAUCACAGGUGGCUGUAAACAGCAGAAAGUUCGGCCGGAGCUCUUUAUUGGAAAGUCAGAUCUCAUCUGUUUUAGAUGCAGAAACUCAAACUCAGAGGUGUCAGACUUGAUUGAGAAAGAGCCAAACCACAUCCAGGGUCUGGACAGUCCAGUUUUCUAUGACAAUGAAAUUGCACUGAAAGAGAAAGACCAGAAGGAGAAGAUCACAAAGUUUUAGAUGUGAAAUAUGGAUAUGUUGUAAAUAGUAAAUUAUGACUGUAUUUUUGUAUGUUGAAAUUGCUAAGCGAUGAUGAUAAUUUUUUUCUUUUUUAAAAAAAACCUUCCUAUAAGAAAAACAAGAAAUUAAUAUUAACUGUCUAUUUUUGUGCCAGCAGACUACUGUAUACGGGCUGUUCUCAAACUAUAGACAGUCUGCGAUUUUCAUGAUCAAGUUUUGAAUAAUUUACACUGCUGUUUUUACUAAAAGUUUUGUAUUAAAUCGGAGUUGUUUUGAAAUAAAAUUUGACAAAUGAU